UUAAAGCUAGGCUGGCUAUUCGGAAGUACCAGGGAAAAAAAACUGGUAUGUAAAGAAGACGACUAAAAUGGACCUGUUUUCCUGUGCGUUUUAUUUUCUAUUUUGCCUUUCAUGGACUUUCUCCUCAAACAUCAUCUCAACACCAAUCAGAAAAGAAUUAUUUGAUUCAAGCGAAAAGAGUCGAUUUCUGUGGACAGGCUCACCAGCAACAGCUUGGGAGGAAACAGAAAUGCAGCUUGGAAAGUCCCAUGCACACCCAGUCUACCAUGCUUGCAACCGUAGAUUCAAAAACAAAUCCAAAACAUUAUUGACAAAAUGGAUCCCAAAACAAGAUGCCCAUGAGCUUCUGCUGGACCUGAGUUUUGCCCAAGCGGACCAGCAGCCUCUUUACAUCUUUGUUAUUAAAUCUAACCAGUCUCAGAACCUGAAUGGACCACAAAGACCUGUUCUUGCGAUCACAGUCCAGCAUCCAUUCCCUGCAGACGAUGAUCCUCGGGAUGAGGACCUGAGUCAUGCCAAGGGUCUAUAUCUGGGAAAUACCUCUCAGAAUGACUUUUACCUGGUGUUUUCAUACAGCGGAAACUGCAUGUUCAUUGCUUCAAUCCAGGUGUUCUUCCUGAAAUGUCCAGCGUUUGCUUUGAAGCAGAUGGAAUUUGAGGAAACUGCAGCAGGACAGUCGAGGAGAGGAGUGUGUGUGGACGGAGCGGUGGAGAUUUCGACCCCACUGACCGACUGUCAGUCUAAUGGGACGUGGGCUCCACCGCAGGGCUCAUGUGUCUGUGGUGCAGGAUACCAGACCAAUGGAGACACAUGCAAAGAACAAGCUCCUGUCAAUCUGUUCGCCACCCCCCACUCAAUAACUGAUCCCAGACCUGCACUUACUCCUGUCCAUACUGGUGUUGUAGUAGCUGGAGUCCUGCUUCUUCUCAUCAGCACAGCUGUUGUACUCCUCUUUGUACGGCAUCACAAGCUCAGAGGAGGUCAAGGAAUGGAGCUUGUGUCCGGAUCUGCUGUGACUCAAUACCAACGUCAACAAGUAUACACUGCUCAACCUGAGGCACUCGACAGCAAGACUUCUUCUGUUUCACAUGCUAAAGUUUGCAGGGUGAUCGUCCAAAAUCAGAGUGCUGAAUGUAAGCCCUGCUUUCCCACAGCACAGAUAGAGGAAGUGUCUCAGCGUGACUGUGCUUACGAACAUAAGCGCCCUCACACACUUCAGCUGAAAUCUACAAACUCAGAUCAGAUGUUGGAUGGGAUGAAGGAUCGUCUGCUCUGUCUUAGAGAAGUGCUGGUGGAACGGACAAAGUUGAAAAUAAACCGAAAGCUUGGGAAAGGAGAAUUUGGAGCUGUUUAUGAGGGCAUAUUUUCCCCGAAAAUAGGACAAGACAUCAGAGUUGCGGUCAAAACAUCGAAAGAUGUGAUCCCCAGUGAAGAAGAUCUGGAGUCUUUCCUGAAGGAGGCGGAAAUGAUGAAGGAUUUCGAUCAUGUGAAUGUAGUUAAACUGCUUGGUGUUGCACUAGAGUGGGAUCCGGAAUCUUCCAUGGUUGUUCCGCUUGUUAUUCUCCCAUACAUGAAGCACAGAGACUUACACAGUUUCCUCAAAGCGACUAGAUACGAUGAUGUUCCCAUGUUUGUUCCUCAUCAGAGUCUUCUGCGCUUCAUGAUGGACAUUGCUGCGGGAAUGGAGUAUCUGAGCCUUCAGGGUUUCUUACACAGAGAUCUGGCCGCCCGCAACUGCAUGUUGGGUGAUGAUCUACGUGUGUGUGUGGCAGACUUUGGCCUCUCUAAAAUGAUGUAUUCCUGCAACUACUACAGACAUAAGAGUCAGAAUGUUAAACUGCCUGUGAGGUGGAUGGCCAUAGAGAGUAUGUCAGACUUCAUAUUUACCACCAAGAGUGAUGUGUGGUCAUUUGGAGUAACCAUGUGGGAGAUCACAUCAAGAGGGAAGGUUCCUUAUCCAGGUCUCUCUAAUUACGAGCUCCUGGACUACCUGGAAAAAGGACACCGUCUUGGCCAAGGGGACAAUGACAGCAAUCUGUAUGAGGUUAUGUUGAGCUGCUGGCACAGAGAUCCAUUUGAGAGGCCAAGUUUUGGAGAGCUGCACCAGAGUCUCAGCGCUCUUCUGUCUGAGCUUCCACCUCUGGAGGCCAGAAUGGAGAGCCACUACAUCAACCUGGGCCUGGAGGCUGCUAACAACCGGCAGGACAGUGGAAAAAACCAGGUGGAAAAUGAAAGAGACUAUCUGCAUCUGCUUAAAACUGGUGAUGGCUUUGAGGGAGAAGGAAGAAAGGAUGAGGAGGGAGAGGAAAAGUUCAUGUGAUUAAAGAUCAGUUGCACACAGAAAAAAUAUUUAAAACUUAUGUUUUUUCCUAAACUUCCAAUUUGCUGUAUUUCAUAAAGUCAUUUUUAUAAUACACUUUUCU